AUGAUUGAUUUUGUUACAGCUUUGGUGGGGUCUUUGGGAAUCGGAAUGACAUUUUUCUUAUCUCCCGUCGCCGGAAUUCUAACGGAUCAAAUAGGGAUACGAAUGACGACAUUCCUCGGCGGUACCUUGGCCAUCGGCGGCCUCGUUCUCUCAUCGUUUUUCUCAAACAACGUCGAAGUUUUGUACGCGAGUUUUGGUAUCAUUCUCGGAGUGGGAGCUUCUUUGGCAUACAGUCCAUCAUUGAUCAUACUCGGUCAUUAUUUUACGAAAUAUCUCGGAGUCGCAAACGGUUUUGCCACGGCCGGAAGUUCCGUUUUCACGCUCGCUUUCCCUUAUUUCCUUCAAGCUCUCAUCGAUAAUUUCGAAUUGAAAGGAUGUUUUUUGGGCGUAUCGUUUUUGAUGAUUUUAAUAUUAGUUUGUGCCUUAGUUUUCAAACCCGUUUUGAAAAAGAGUCCGAAACCGAAGAAAAGACACGGAUUCACGUUCAAAUCAAAAUUUAAAUCGAUAAUAAACGUCGAGAUAUGGAAGAUAAGAAAAUUUUUAAUAUGGAUAAUCGCACUUCCGGUUUCACUCUUCGGGUAUUUCGUCACUUUCGUACAUUUGGUCUCGUAUGUGAACGUAACGUUCAACGAAGAAUACGAUGGUAAAAUAUUAAUUCAAUGCAUAGCUGCCACAUCACUUUUGGGUCGUUUGAUAUCCGGAAAAGUUGCGGAUUUUAAAAAAGUUAACACUAUCACGUUACAACAGAUAUCGUUUGUGUGCCUUGGUUUGUUGACGAUGUUGAUAGCCGUAGUACAAAAUUAUUAUGGUCUCAUAGUUAUUUGUCUUUCUAUGGGAAUAUUCGACGGUUGUUUCGUGAGUCUCAUGGGUCCGGUUGCUUUUAAGAUAUGCGGUCAAAAGGGAGCAUCUCAAGCGAUUGGAUUUCUAUUGGGUUUAUGUGCCAUACCGAUGACAUUAGGUCCUCCGAUGGCGGGGUUCAUAUUUGAUCAAACGGAGUCGUACACGACGUCUUUUAUAAUAGCAGGAUCAACGUUUCUUCUCGGUGCUUCAAUAAUGCAAUUAAUACACUGCGUAGGCGAUGAUAAGUCGGAUGAUGAUAUUAUAAUAGAACCCGUUUCCGAAGGGCAAUUUCUUUCUUUGGGGUUAUUAACCGCGUCAUCCCCCUUUUUCUGUUCAAGUGUCACGAACAACAUCCGGACUAAAUAA